AUGGCGCAGGCAGAGACUUCUGAAGUUCUUAGGACUAUUAGAACUGUGUUCACUGCAAUAGAAAGAAAUAUUCUGGAAGGGUCUGUGAUUGAUUCUGAUACUAAGAAUUUAUUGCAAAAUGCAAAACACAACUUUGAUAGAAUUUCAUCGGCAUUACCAGAAAAUAUUAGAGUACAAUUGAGAGACUGUUUUGAGGAUUUGAUACCACGAAAUGAAAGAUAUGAUGCCAGAAACUCUCCACCAGUUAUCAACAACUUUCUUGCUACGCGCAUUAAAGAAGGUCAGUUUGGUAUGCCAAAAGUUGAAAUCUCAAAAGAACAACUGAAGCUUUUAAUUUCACAAGGAUACACUGGGAAAAGAAUUGCAGAACACAUAGGAUGUUCUGCAUCUUAUAUUUAUAAACGCCUGAAAACUGAGGGUCUGUCACCAAGACAGAAAUUCAGCAGUAUAACAGAUAAUGAACUGGAUGAAGAAUGCAAAAGACUACAAGCAAGUUGUCCAAAUGCCGGUUCUGAGAUGAUGUCAGGAAUGCUAAGGGCAAGGGGAAUACAUGUACAAAGGGACAGACUUCGACGCACAUUGGCUAGACUUGACCCAAUUGGCACUGCUCAGAGAUGGUCACAAACUGUUCAAAGAAGGUCAUACCAUGCCGUCUCACCUAACAGUAUAUGGCACAUUGACAGUCACAUGAAGCUUAUAAGGUGGGGCUUUGUUGUACAUGGUGCUAUCGAUGGCUUCUCCCGUCUAAUACCUUAUUUAAGUUGUGCUACAAACAAUUCUUCAUCCACGGUGCUACAGACUUUCUGCAGGGGUGCUCUACAGUAUGGAUUACCAUUAAGAGUGAGGUCUGACCAAGGCACAGAAAAUGUUCAGGUAGCACCUUAUGAAUGCCAUCAGAGGAUUACACCGUGGCAGCCAUAUAACUGGACUUUCUGUCCAUAA